AGUUGCUACCUCUGUCGUUUCUGCCCUGUGUGUCUGGUCAGUGCUGAGAGGCAAGGCGUAAAGUAGCGGUAAAGCUGCACCGAAGAAUGUGGACGAACUUGUUGUAAGGCAGCACAAGCAUUAGUCCAGCGUGAAAUGAUGGAGAUGCAGCGUCAGGAGUCUGACGGGAGAUGGGAUGGGCUGGGCAGCCGCGACGCCUCCUCCAGAGCCGAAGCGAUGGAGUUAAUCUGCCAGGAGGUCAUGAGGAAAGUGGAAGCCAUCGGACCCACGAAGGCGGCGACCCCUUCAUCCCCCGCCCGAGGAAGCCCACCCCGCAGCGACCUGAACGACAUCCUGGUUCACCUUCUCAUGCUAUCGAGGCGGUGCCCCUUUGAAGAUGUCAGAGAGCGCUGCGCUCAGCUUCUGCAGGACAUCCAGGCAGCUGAUGGAGGGCUUUCCUGUCCAAACAGGCCAAACGCUGAGGUGGCAGAGCUGUGGGGGACGGGGAGAAAGAAUGGGAACAGAGUGGGGUGGCCACCAGCUAAUCCUCAGGAUUUGGGCAUAAGGAUCCCAAGACCCCUAGGAAGCGGACCGAGCAGAUUUAUCCCCGAAAAAGAGAUUCUUCAAGUCAGUAAAGUGGACGCCAGGACGCAGGCGAUAUUUGAGGAUGCAUUUGCAGCCCUCCAUCGGCUGGACAACAUUUCCCUCGUGAUGAGCUUCCACCCACAGUACCUGGAGAGCUUCCUCCGGACGCAGCACUACCUGCUGCAGAUGGACGGACCCCUGCCUUUGCACUACAGACACUACAUCGGCAUUAUGGCGACCGCGCGCCACCAGUGCUCCUACCUGGUCAACCUGCACGUGAACGACUUCCUCCAGGUCGGGGGGAAUCCCAAGUGGCUGAACGGUCUGAACGAGGCGCCGCAGAAGCUGCAGCAGCUCGGGGAGAUCAACAAAAUCCUGGCGCACCGCCCGUGGCUCCUCACCAAGGAGCACAUCGAGCGCCUCCUGAAGGCAGAGGAGCACAGCUGGUCCCUGGCGGAGCUCAUCCACGCCGUGGUCCUGCUCACCCACUACCACUCCCUCUCGUCCUUCACCUUCGGCUGCGGCAUCAUGCCAGAGAUCAACUGCGACAGCGGACACACGUUCAGGCCCCCCUCCAUCAGCCAGUACUGCGUGUGUGACAUCGCCAACGGCAACGGCCACGCCAACCACCACGACGAUUUGCUGGGCGAUCAGGAGAUGUGCGGCGAGGUGGAGGAGCUGAUGGAGAGGAUGAAACAGCUGCAGGAGUGCCGCGACGACGAAGAGGCCAGCCAGGAGGAGAUGGCCACUCGCUUCGAGAGGGAGAAGACGGAGAGCAUGCUGGUGGUGACGUCGGAGGACGAGGAGUGCGUCCCCUCCAGGGAGAUCUCUCGCCACUUCGAGGACACCAGCUACGGCUACCAAGACUUCUCCAGGCGGGGGGAGCAGGUGCCCACCUUCAGAGCGCAGGACUACAGCUGGGAGGACCACGGCUUCUCUCUGGUCAACAGGCUGUAUCCUGAUGUGGGCCAGAUGCUGGACGAGAAGUUUCAGAUGGCCUACAACCUCACGUACAACACCAUGGCAACGCAUAAGGACGUGGACACCAGCAUGCUGCGCAGGGCCAUCUGGAACUACAUCCACUGCAUGUUCGGCAUCAGGUAUGACGACUAUGAUUACGGGGAGAUAAAUCAGCUUCUGGACCGUAGCUUUAAGAUCUAUAUCAAGACCAUGGUGUGCAGCCCCGAGAAGACCACCAAACGAAUGUAUGAGAGUUUCUGGAGGCAGUUUCAGCACUCCGAGAAGGUCCACGUUAAUCUGCUUCUUAUGGAAGCACGGAUGCAAGCCGAACUGUUAUACGCUCUGAGAGCGAUCACCCGCUACAUGACAUGAAGUGCUUUUUUUUUUUUUUUUUUUUUUUUGCCGUUUUAACUGUUGUCCUUAAACUGUCGAUGUCGUUGCUCUUUCUGGAACACUUAAAGAGAAAAGAAAACAUACAUGGGGAAGGUUUUUCUUUUUGGAGGGGUGGGGUGGGGGGGUUUAAGCAAAAAGAGCUAUCCGUUUUGGACAAUGCCUGUUGGUUGGACGUUGCAGAGAUGAUCGGAACAAACGGAGAUCAAGGGAAGAAUCUUUAUUUUUUUCUGUACUGGAGAAAAGUCAUCUCAAACUACAAGUGGAUCCACAGUCAGACGUUGCCUGCAGUGCCAAAAAACGACCAACAGAGGACAGCGUUGAGCGAGCCAAAGCCCUGCUUGAGGAGGGGGGGGGGGGGGGGGGUUGCGUUAGCUCGCAGCAUUGACACUGGAGACAUCCAGGGCUACAUUUCAGUAUUCCAGCAUUGCCUGUCUCACUUCUCUCUCUCUCACGUUAGGAAUGAGAUUCCCCAGAAAGAAAGCUGUGCAGCCGCAUACAUACAGUCUGCACUUUUUGAUUCUGUCGUCACUGUUGUUUUGUUUAGUUUCUUUAAAAUCUUUUUAUUUCACUUUUUGUAUGACGAGAAGGCGAUGGUUUCAAUGUAACGGCAGAUGGAUGCGUUAACUCUAGUGUUGUUUUUGUUUUCAGUGUUUUCUACGUGUGCCUGAACUAUAUCCAGCACAGUGUGCAUAUGUGCUGAUGCUGCUGCUCCCUGUUGUAUUUUAGCGGGAUCAUAUUGAUGCCCCAAAAAAAAAAUCACCCCUCACCCAAUUCCCUUUUAAUCCCUUUUCUAAAAGCCCCUGUCCAUUAAAAAUCCAUCGCAUUACUACCCCCACCCUCUUUUUUUCCCGUUAACCACAUCCCAAAUCUCAAACGUCAGAGUAAGCUAAUCCGUGGAGUGUGAA